GACUUCUCGUUGUCUAUCAUGCCUUAUGUGUUUGGAGGCCCACAAGAACCUCUCGCUCUCACUGAUGGUCCUAACUUAUUCCUAGUAUCAUACUGGUCCCCUGGGGACCAGUAAGAUACUGUGAGGUCUUAGGUUUCUUUAAAUAGGACACAUGAAAUGCCACUUCUAUCAGAUCCUGCUUCUGCUGUUUCUUGUUAGUGUGCUUCUUCAGAUAGUCAUGGCCCUGCGUCCAGUUUCCUGCAUCGUUCUUGUGCUGCCAUUGCUGGUGCUCGCAACUGUCAAUGCUACUCGUGUGGGCAAUGAAGCAGACACGAUCUUUGCGGGAGGGGUGGAUGCGACGCAUGAUCCACGAUAUGUGUCUACUAUCCUGGAAAACAAAGCACUAAGCAGCGUUGUUGGCGAAACUUACUGUUGCCUCAGGAACGGAUGGGGCUGCAUGCAGGAGUGCGACAAAGGCAAAAAUUACCAGUGCUGCCUUAAGAAUGGGUUUGGGUGCAUGCAGAACUGUGAGACAUCGAAAAAGUACUCCUGCUGUCUCAAGAAUGGAUUUGGCUGCCUGUGGAAGUGCGAGGAUGGUGUGGAGCACUACUGCUGCGAGCGGAAUGGCUUUGGCUGCACCAAGAUGUGUCCCAAGACAGUCACUACUGGCAACCUGUAAACUGGAUAUGUACUGUGGCUCUGGAUAUGGAUGUAUGGGUUUGGUUGCCGCCCGAGUUUAAAUAAAAUGCUACUAUUAUACGCGG